GCAAAUGAACUUCAGCGAGGGAGGGGGAAAUGAGUAAUAACGGUAGGGCUGAUGUUGUCUGUUAAGCGGGGGGAAAGCAGCCAUAGCCGUACUGUGCUGUAGCUGCUCCCGGCUGGGUUCAGGUUCGGUUUAGAAGGUGCGCUGGGCCGAGCGCUGAGGCUGGCGCAGGGAGCAGCGCCAAGGCCCAGGCUGCUGCGGGGCCCACACGGAGCCCAUGGCGGUACGCACCCCCCGCGGGGACCCCUUGGGCCUGGGGCUGCCACCAGAGCCCGGGGCCUCCCCCGCCGAGAGCCGCUGGGGCGACCAGGAGCCGGCAGCGCAGAUCCAGUUUAAAAUUCUAAGAGGACACAGCAAUACUGUGAGCUCCUGCCAUUUUUGCUUUGAAGACACAAAAAUACUUUCAUGCUCUUACGAUAGAACAGUGAAGCUCUGGGAUAUUGCCAAAGGUUUUCCUAUUCAAGUUUUUGAAGAAGAACACACAGCUCCAAUUUCUGAGUGCAACUUGAGUCCUGAUGACAAAAGAGUGAUAACAUCAUCAUAUGAUAACACUGUCAAGGCUUGGGAUAUGGAAACAGGAAAAAUGCUUUGGACAAUAGAACAUGAAGGCAUUGUAACUUCAUGUAAUAUUUCUUCGGAUGGUAAAUAUGUGGUUUCUGGUUCAGACAGAGAAAAUGCCAUACAUAUUAUUGAUGCAGCAAGUGCAACAGUGGUGGCACACGUCCAAGGUCAUCACAAAAGUACAAUCACAAGAUGCUGCUUUGAUCCCGAUAACCAAAGAGUGAUUUCUGUAUCAUACGAUAAGACGAUAAAGCUAUGGGAUAUGAUAACAAGAUCCACCUCAAUUACAAUUAAAGAGGGACACACCAAUGCUAUCUCAGACUGCUGCUUUACCUCAGAGGGUCAUUACUUGUGCACGGCAUCCUGGGACAAAACCUUAAAAAUAUGGGAUAUAAAGACAGGGGAGUUUAGGUGUCAUGGACCUAUUUCCUUAAACCAAGGACAUGAGGGUUCUGUUAGUUCCUGCCUUUUCAGCCAAGAUGCAUCACUUGUUGUGUCUGGUGCAUAUGACAAAACCAUAGCUAUAUGGGAUACAGAUGCAGCCUGUAAAAAGCUAAGCUUAAAGGGUCACGGGGACUGGGUGACAGAUGUUGCAAUUAGCAAAGACAAGAAAUGGAUUCUUUCUGCCUCAAAGGAUUCUACUCUGAGACUGUGGAAUGUAGAAAUGAUGGAUCAUAUUCCUUCAGUGAUAGAGAACAGAAAAGCAAGAGGCUCAAAAAUAGCUCAGUGUGAAGAAUGUGAAAAACCUUUCUUACGCCUGCAUUGCAGUGACUCUCAAAUGAUAACCAGGUGCGUAUUCUGUCGUCUGUCUUCUCCAGUGAGGAAUAUUUUGCCACUGCCACCUUCUGUUUCUCCUGAUCUUUAAACUCACCUAGCAGUCCUGAGAUGUUAACACAUUUAAAUAUAUAAAUGGAGUGCUUACGUUUAAUAUAUGUACUGCAUAUAUAAAGCUAUGGGUUUCCUCUGAACUUGCUCUACUCUGGUGCCCUGUAUAAACAAAAAGAAAAUAUGUUGUACUAGUGCAUGGAACAGUUGUGACAUAGCCUUACAAUACAACAGGUGAAGAAUAAAACCCCUAGGAGCUAAAAUUUAUUUACACUGCUAGAAUAUAAAAUUACUUCCUUGUCCUUUGGUAAAUUUUAAACAAUUUUAAAUUAGUAUAUUAGUUACAAGUUCAAUUUACUUAUAUAAACCAUUCUUUUUUACUAUGGGACACAAAGAGUGUGUCCCAUAGUGAAUGGGCUCUCAGUGGCCAUCAGAAAGAGUUCUGUGAGUAAAACCGUGAAUAAAAUCAUGAACUUCUUACUAACUUCAUACUAACAUUUUGCCAUACCGCUUACAAAAAUGUUGUAAAGGAGCUUUCAGUCAUGAGAGUAAGUUGUAGUCCAUGUCUGACGUGAUGCAGGACAAAUUACUUCUGUGUGAGAAAGGCUCGCCCCAGCAAGGAGCAGGGCAUUUUUACCACCCCUUCUCAGCAACACCCCUGAGAGGAUUAUAUCUAUUACUAUAUGUGAGAAUGUCAAUUAAUAAAAGAUUAAGUGUUUCAAAAUGUUUGAAAGCCUUAUUCCUUUAAAAAAAAAAAAGUUUGCAUGUUUGCACCCUUUUCAAUAUUUUUUCUGAAAGGAACUUAAAAUACCUGGAACAUGGCAUGUGCCAGCCUGGAAUGCAGCUAAGCUGUGGAAUAGAAAGAAAUCUAUUAUAAGUAGGUAGUUUUGUUUUUGGGUUUUUUGUUUUUUUUGUUUUUUUUUAAUUAUGAGAGUUGUGUAGCAACAACUACCCUUGAAUCUAAGGUCAAACGAGAAGUAUUCCUAAGAAUGCUGUUUUACACAGAUUUACAGCUUUGAAUAAACACUGGGUGAUAAGUUGCAUUAUUUUCCAACAUUCUCUCCCCCUCUUUACUAAAUUAAAUAUCAUUGUUUUGUUAUGGAAGCUUAAAGAAAAUGUCAUCUAUGUGCGCUUGAUGUUAUUUUUUUAUGGAAUACAUAAAAUAUGCAUGUUUUAUUGCUGGAGAAAUUCACCUUGAAUGUAGCUAGUAAUACUGAACUUACUUCCGUAUGUUUGAAAUGAUUAGUCCUAGAAUAAUUAAAUAAUGUUAUGAUAUUAAAAUUGAGAAUGUUCUUUGUUUCUCUCUCCUUACCAUUUCAAAUGAAAAAACACUGAAACUGGGGGAAGGAAACAGCUGUUCUACAGCGUAUUGGUUCAUUUUACAUUAGUAAUG